CCAAGGACUAGCGCAAGGGGUUUACAUGUGCGCAUCCAGUCCUUGGACAUUCGCAAGUUACUUUUCUACUACUGAACUUCAAGCAUCUUAAGGGAACCUUUGCGAUGAAUCCCAGUCAGAGUGGUAUAAUUGUUUUUGCACUUAACUCUAACAAAGACUUGUCUGAGAAGAUCGCCAGGAAACUGGGAAUUGAGCUGGCCUCGUGUAGUGUUGGGAAAUUUCAAAAUCAAGAAACUUCUGUUAAGAUAGGAACCUCUGUUCGUGGUAAAGAUGUGUACAUUAUACAGUCAGGAUUGGGUGAGAGUCUUGAUGUUAACGAUGCCCUGAUGGAACUGUUUAUUUUAACAUAUGCCUGUAAAACUGCUUGUGCUAAGCGAAUUAUUGGGGUCAUUCCAUACUUGCCAUAUUCCAAGCAGGCAAAAAUGAACAAACGAGGAUCAAUUCCUUCUAAACUGGUGGCUUCUCUUAUGUGUCGAGCAGGACUCACAAAUGUGAUCACAGUUGAUCUUCAUUCUAAGGAGAUUCAGGGUUUUUAUGACGCUCCAGUUGACAAUUUGAGGGCCUCACCAUUUCUAGUCCAUUAUAUCACAGAAAAGGUUGCUGACUAUAGAAAUGCAGUUAUAGUUGCAAGGAAUCCAGGUUCAGCCAUCAGGGCCACUUCUUUUGCUGAGCGUCUACGGCUUGGAUUGGCUGUGAUACAUGGUGAACAAAAGGAGGUGGAAAGUGAGCAACUUGAUGGCCGUCAGUCUCCACCUCCUACAUUAGCUGAGGGACGUCGUUUUGCAUCUGUCAGUAUGGACAGCAUGUCUCUACCAGGAUUUCUUCCCAAAGCUAAACCUCCAAUCAAUGUUGUGGGUGAUGUAGGAGGCAAGAUUGCCAUCAUUGUGGAUGAUAUGAUAGACGAAGCCGAGUCAUUCGUAAAUGCCGCCAAGCACCUGAAGGAUCGUGGGGCGUAUAAGAUUUUAGUGAUGGUCACUCAUGGCCUGUUGUCAGCGGAUGCGCCAGAACUGAUUGAAGAAUCCGUUAUUGAUGAGGUUGUUAUCACCAACACAGUGUCUCACGACACGAAGAUGACCCGCUGUAGUAAAAUCAGAACGGUGGAUAUCAGCUCACUUUUGGCCGAAGCCAUCCGCCGAAUUCACAAUGGCGAGUCAAUGGGUUAUCUGUUUAGAAAUGUUCCUUUGGAGGAUUAGGCUAGCUGGCGUUUUUAACUGGGUCUGUUGUAAAGUUAGGUUUGGUUGACUGAUUUAGACAUUUCAAACAUAACUUAUUGUAAAAAUAACGUGAGUGCGUUUAGCAAACGAACAGCCUCAAAUCUAUUUGGUUAUGUGGUAAAGUGCAGUUGGUGGUCGUGAUAUUAAGCACUGGUAUUUGUACACCACUUGGCCACAAACACGAACAACCACCAACAUGCGUCUUUUAAGACGUGAAUGGGCCUUUUAUGGGUGCGAACCGUGAAACCUGGGUCACAGAAACGAAGUCGAGACUAAUUGGUAAUUAUCCUUGGAGAAGUGUUAUAAAUCGACAAACUCUUCUUGUUUAUGCCGUUUUUACCGAGACCCGUCGAACAACAAUGAAUAGAAAAGUCAAACCGAACAAGGUUGAUAUCGAAAGAAAACUUUAAUUUGCCAGUUUUAAUUGUUAUUUUGUCCAGAAAGUUGACAAGUAAGUAACAUUUUCGGAAGUAAUGGCGGAAUCUUUGCCUCGCUGUUUCCUGGGUGGGUAAAUAUUAUCUGUACUUUUUGCACCUCGAUGUCAUUGAUUAAAGUUAAUCGACUUUGUUAAGAAUAACUGUAAAUGAAGACGGGCAAAGUUUAAAGUUUUAAUGUUUAUCUUUAAUUUGAGUUACUAAAUGUUUGUGAGAUAAGCCAUAUGUCGUUUCCCCUGUAAAAAGAAAAAGUAAAGCACAGGUGUUAAAUCAGCAAAAUGUGUCGGUGGUAGUCAUAUAGAUUAAAAAAUGUUCAUCGAAA